GUGUGUGUGUGUGUGUGUGUGUGUGUGAGAGAGAGAGAGAGAGAGAGAGAGAGAGAGAACACACACUUGCAUGUACAUGUGCACCUCCACAACAGCUGACUGACUGCACAGACACUGGAGGAACAUCAGACAGACAGAGAUGGGAGAGAAGUGAGGGAUACUGAAGGAGGGCAGAACAAGCCAAAGAACGGAAGAAAAAAGCCUUGGAGUGACAGCCAGCUGCGACCAUGGCGGACCCUCCAACAGGCCCACCUGAGGAUAUCAACAAAAUCAGCUUCUGGAUGCCAGGAAAUUACAUCCGGACAGUACAGAGAACAUCAGAGUCGUACCAGGCUUGUAAAGACAUCAUAGCAUGUAUGAAGGACCGGGCUCAUGUGGAGCGACAGUACGCCCAUCAGCUGACCGAAUGGAGCAACAAGUGGAAAUCAAUCACAGAGACUCGGCCGCUGUACGGGUCCCUCUUGCGGGCCUGGCAGUGCUUUUUCUCGUCCACCGAGCGUCUGUCUGCCCUUCACACAUCAAUCUCCCAGUCUCUGGUUUCUGAAGAUGCAAAGUGCAUUCGCUCGUGGCAAAAGGAGACGUUCCCAAGGAAAAUGUUCUGCGGAUUCAGAGAGUCACAUGACCUUGGGACGGCUUUCUCACGUACUCAGAAGCCCUGGGAGAAACGAUUAAAGAAGCUGGAAAAGGCUCGUGUGGCGUAUCAUAAGUCAUGUCAGAGAGAGCAGAGCGCUCAGGAAAAAGAGAAUCAAGCCAAAAACAACGUCAACUUGAGCGAGAGCAAACUGUCCAAGAUCCAGCAGGCCAGAGAGAAAGCCACACAGGAGCGCAGCAAGGCAUGUGAUCGUUAUGAGAAGGUUCUCGAGGACGUUACUGGCUUCGCACCGCGAUACAUGGAGGAAAUGGAGUCUGUGUUCGACCAAUCACAGGAGAAGGAGAGGAAGAGGAUCAGCUUCCUGAAGCAGGCCUUCCUGUCCAUUCACAGACACCUUGACAUUACCAACAACGAGAGUAUAAAAGCAGUAUACAGUGAGCUACAUCACAUGCUCAUGUCCAUCAGUGAACCGGAUGAUCUCCGCUGGUGGAAGAACAACCAUGGGCCGGGCAUGCCGACAGACUGGCCCAAACUAGAGGUGUGUGUGUGUGAUCGUAUGCAUUCAGAUAUUACCUUGAAGUCUGCCAUGUCCUGGCGCAGGGUCAUGAUCGGAGGAGUGCGGGUUCGAGCGCUGUACAACUACACCGGAGAGGAAUCUGAUGAACUGUCAUUCAAAGCAGGUGAAGAGUUCCUCAAGGUGGAGGAAGAGGACGAUCAGGGCUGGUGCUGGGGCGUGAAGGAGGGCAGAGUCGAGGGAUUUUAUCCGACCAAUUACGUGCUACCUGUCAAAUGAUGUCAUGAUUCAUCACUGAGGCACAACCAUGCUUAUUUACAGCUAUGG